UUCCAGCCAGAUAAUCACAAUUUGCACACUGUAUUUACAUACUGAUCCACUCUACUGACUCAUGCUGGAGUAUAUUUUAUAUCAAUAUAUCAGAAUGUCGUAUGAUUCAUAAAUUAAAUGAAAGCAAUCUACUUUAAGUUUUUCUUAUGUUCAGGCAAUGCGGACCGUUGUGUAAUACAGACCGUGUUGUCAGCCGGAACAUCAUUACUGGCGGACCCAAAGCCACUCAACUCGCAUGAGAGAUGUCAUCUUUUUAAACACAGCUUAUUUUUGUGCCUUCUAAUUAAUUUAAGACAUCAAGUUGGCUUAGCAAUAUAUUACAGCAUCCGGAAGGUGUUUAUAAAGUAACAUAUUCAUUCGCUCAUUAUAAUCUGUGUGAAAGAUUCCCAUCGUCUGAAGUGUGGAUCACCCUGAUGCUGACUGCACAUGUCUGCAGAUAUCUCCAAGGCAUAAAGACUUGUGUUGUUUCACCUGUGGCUUGUCUCUUUACCUGCACUCAUACCAUGGCAAAGAGCAAGUUUGAAUAUGUGCGUAACUUUGAAAGCGAUGACACCUGCCUGAGAAACUGCUAUAUUGUUGUGCGACUGGAUGGACGCAGCUUUCACAAGUUUGCAGAGCAGCACAAGUUCAUCAAGCCGAAUGACAACAGGGCUCUGGGGCUUAUGACUCGCAGUGCUCGCUCGGUCAUGGAGGAACUAGACGAUAUCAUCAUUGCAUACGGACAAAGUGAUGAGUUCAGUUUUGUUUUCAAGAGAACCUCCACCUGGUUCAAGAGGAGAGCCAGCAAGCUUUUGACCCACGUUACCUCACAGUUCUCAUCCUCGUAUGUAUUUUACUGGAAAGAGUUUUUUGGGGAGCAGCCCCUCCUCUACCCACCAGGAUUUGAUGGUCGUGUGGUGCUGUAUCCCAGCAACCGCAACAUUAAAGAUUACCUGAGCUGGAGGCAAGCAGAUUGUCACGUGAAUAAUUUGUACAACACAGUGUUUUGGACUUUAGUACAAAAAAGUGGACUCACUACAACGCAGGCACAGGAUCGCCUUAAAGGAACGUUAGCUGCGGACAAAAACGAGAUCCUGUUUUCCGAGUUUGACAUCAACUACAACAAUGAACCUGCCGUCCACAGGAAGGGCACCACUCUCAUCUGGGAGAAGCAAAAUGAAACUGUGACCAAACAAAUGAAUUUAGCAAAAGAUGAGAAGAAGGAUGUGCUUGUGACUCGGACCAGGAAGAGCGUGCAGGCCUACCAUUGUGACAUCAUAGGUGAACAGUUUUGGGAACAACACCCAGACAUUCUGGAGAAUGAUGACUGCUAA